AUGGAUGCAACGGACGAUCAAGUCCGCUUACUGCGGCAUGUGGAAGGUUUGGUCAAGAAGGUGCCGGGCAAUCUCGUGUGCGCCGAGUGUCCCGAACGACAUCCGACAUGGGCGUCGUUGAUCCAACCGGCCGUCAAGGGCGGAUCGCGAAUGGGCGUCUUUGUCUGCCAGCAGUGUUACCAACAUCAUUAUGCACUUGGGCGAUCCUUGUGCGAAGUCAAGAGUUUGAGUCUGGCGAGUGAAUGGGCGUCUGACGAUUUGGAUAUUUUGGCCAAGACGGGCAAUCAAGUCGUCAAUUCCAUUUAUGAGGCGAGUGAAGGAUGGGAAGACGAGAAGGAAAUCAUCACCUUUGACAAAGACCAAGAAUCCAAGUUGCGACUCGCCUACAUCAAAAACAAAUACCACGAACGCAAAUACUUUUCCGAAGACAAAUUCAAUGAAAUACAAGUGGGUUUGUCACCCAUUUUUCAAAAGAUUUUGGAUCGGAAAAAUGGCACUAACAACAACAACAACAAUCCGCAAGAGGCGGAUGCCGUGCCGCCCACACCACGGAAAAAGAAUCGAAGACGCUUCAGUCUGACGGGUGGAGUCUGUAAGAGUCUGACUCCAGACGUGUUGAAACCAACCAAGAAAAAGCAACAACAACAACCAGAAAUGAUUGAUCCAGCCAUUGGAGCCACACCCAAGCGAUCCAGUCAAAAAGGAAAGGCACCACCCAGUUUGGCCAUUCUCAUUGCCGAUACGACAAACACUGCCAAAUCGAGAGCGUCGUCUCCGCUCAGUCAGGGAGGAAUCUCCAUUCCCGAAACACCGCGGCGACGAGGACGACGAGCCAGUAGUAACAACAACGAACAUGAAAAUGAUACUGCCGGUCAGCAGAAACGUCCUUUGGCGAUUGAUCUGGAUGACGCAACGACGGACAGUCGCGACGACAAGCAAAAAAGUCCCUUGGAGGAAGCUGAAGAAAAGUCCGUGGGCGCUCGUCAAAUGCUAGGAUUAAACGGCAAGACGCCGUCGGAACGCAGUCUAGUAGUAGGAUCGAGUAACUCGACCAAACGUCGAUCUCUGGAAGGAGAACGAUCGGCUUCCGUUCGCAAUGUGCACGACGACGACAGUCGCCGCGGCAUGUUGUCCAAAUCAUCCUCUCACCGAGAUCUCAAUGAUGACAAUUCCAGUCAUCACCAUCGUCACAUGAUGAUGCAAAUGCCGACUCACUACAACAACAACCAAAACAAUUCGCAGCGUCCGCGAUUGGGACGACGAUCCUUUUCGCAUCGCGACAUGGAUGAAGAUGGCAGUCACAAGAGUCAUUUGAGUCGUCGUCGAGAAUCACUGGUCCACAACAACAACAAUAAACGUCAAUUGUCACGGCGCAGUCUUCUCGCAGCCAAUAAGUCUCCCUCGGAUCGCAAUGUGUCUUCGAAAUCCAUGCGAGAGCAUCGGACCGUGGAUCGAUCCAUUAGUCGAUCGCGCGAUGGUACACGCAAUAAUAAUAAUGCUAUUCCGAGUGGAUCGCUGAGAGGUGCUCGACGCACGACAUCCAACGAUGGAAUGGAGGGAUCGCUGAGAGGAUCUCGACGAACCAAAUCCUUUGAAUCACUGGAGGGGUCAUCCAUGAGAGGAUCGCGACGAGGAGCUGGUGGUGAUGCGUUGGAAGGAUCCGUAAGAGGCUCUCGUCGAGCUGGUGCUGAGCCAUUGUUGGAAGGAUCCGUGAGAGGAUCUCGUCGAGCAGCAGGCGAUGCUUUGGAGGGAUCCGUAAGAGGCUCUCGUCGAGCUGGUGCUGAGUCAUUCGAGGGAUCCAUGAGAGGAUCGCGACGUACUGCAGGUGAGGCAGUUGAUGGAUCUGUCCGAGGCUCUCGUCGAACAGCCGCAGAGCCAUUGUUGGAGGGAUCCGUGAGAGGAUCUCGUCGAACAGCCGCAGAGCCAUUGGAUGGAUCUGUCCGAGGCUCUCGUCGAACAGCCGCAGAGCCAUUAGAUGGAUCUGUCCGAGGCUCUCGCCGAACAGCCGCAGAGCCAUUAGAUGGAUCCUCGAAUGGAUCCGUGAGAGGCUCUCGUCGAACAGCCGCAGAACCCUUAGAUGGAUCCGUGAGAGGCUCUCGUCGAACAGCAGAGACAUCGCUCCGAGGAUCCACCGCCCGAGUACGAGAUCGAAUGGAUUCGUCAGGGCGGAAAGAACGACGCAUGCUAGAUGGCUCGGGGCGACGUGAACGAACGGCAGAGACAUCGUCGCGACGCGAACGAACCAAAUCAGGUAGUGCAUCACGACCCAGGCGUAGGUCCAUUUCUCCCCAACCCAACGAGGAACCUGAUAUGAAUUGGCAACAAAAACCGUCUUCGCCAAACUCCAAACGACGAGCGAAAAGCAAAGAUCAUGAUCCGCUCGGUAGAGGUUCAGACCACAGUAAACGGCGCUCCCGGAGCAGCCUCAAAGAUGAUCUCAAAAAGAGCUCGGACCACGUACGAAAAUCUGGCGGUGGCACUAGAAGAGUCAACCGGAGAGAAAGAACCACAACCGCCCGAAAAAGCAAGUCGCCUUCCAGACGAAAAACCAUUUCGAUUGAUAUUCCUCGGGAUGAGGAACAAGCAGACGGCAAGUGGAAAACGCCCAAGCGUUGUGGCACCACAGGAGGUCUCAUGGACGACAGAUCUGACCCAACUGGGCUCCGACGAAGCCCGAUGGACGCAAGUGCUGGUUCCAACUGUAGUGACAGCAACGAAAAACGAUCCAGCGGUGGCAGCAAGUCUUCCGUUCAACGUACCAAGAGCAAACAAAAGUCAUCUUCCAGUGACAAGCUAAAGAAACGAAUCAGCGAGCCACUCCGUGAUUCUUCGGAAGGUAAAGGGGGCAAGAAAGGCACCUCUCGAGUCAGACGUUCUAAGUCUGAUCCCCUCGGAGAGAGUUCUACAGAUGAUGAUGAUACGGAUAGCGAACCUGAAAAGAGAUCAUCACGAGACGACAAGAAACCAAUGAAGACGACACCGUCCAACAAACAGUUGAACAUGAGGCCAUCGAGCAAGAAAGUGAUGCGCAGUAAUUCGACGAGCAAACUUGUUGACAGCGAGUUGGAAACAGAAACCGAGAGCAACGCGGAAAAAGCCAACAUCAAGCAGAACGGUCGAAAAGAACCGUCGUCUCGCCCAAUCUCGCGUAGCCAAUCUGCCAGCAGCCUCGGUGACGAUGGUGUGAAAAAGUCCGGUCGGAGAGGCAAGAAAAAAGACGAGAAGAAAAGUAGCGGCAAGUAUAAGCACCUUGACAGCAGUGUAGGAUGCUUGGGAGCGCUGAUUGUUGGUAGUCGGGAAGGAAAUUGCAACGGCAUCGGCAAGAACGCUGCUGCCGACGCGGUUCGAGCAGCGGCGGCAGGAAGGAGCCCAAUAAGGAAGAGUUCAACAAUGACGGCACUUGAUCUACUGGCAAUGAAUGAAACUCCCAGUAAGCGGGCAUCGGCUGUAUUCGAUCUCAAGAACUACAACUACAAGAAUGCCAUGGUCAGUCAGUGGAUCAAGUUGCCAAAAGCGGACGAAGAGGACGAGACUGCCUCGAAGGAUAAGGAUGACACCUCGGAACCAAAAUUGAAGAAGUCGCUACCUUCCAGGAGUUCUGUGAUUGUCAAUCCUCUUUUGACCAUGGCGGUUCCGACACCAACAAGCAUCGACAAACAGGCGGACGCUAAAAGUGGAUUGAAGCGUCAUGCGAUUCCAAAACGUCAAAAGUCAUCCCCAGCCCCAGGAACCAAGACGGCAGCGAAGAAACCAGUGAUUGAUAAAAUGAAGCAAGAUAGCUUUGAGGACGCCGUUGUCUCUCAAUGGCUCAAGGCUUAA